AUGGCACAAUAUCCACAAGCAGCUCAACAAAUGAGAACCGAUGCACAUCCUGAGCCGUAUAAUGCAAAUCAAUUACAAGCAUCCCCAGCUGUGAUUAUACCAAUACUCAUCGCUCAAAAAUUUAUAACAACAACAACGACUACUACUACUACGACGACGACGACAACGACAACGGGUACCACAACUACUACUAGCGAAACAACAGCACUAGUGGCAUGUGCUUCUGGUUAUUCAAGAAGUUCAUCAGGAACAUAUCUUAAUAUUCAAAUUGAUUUCAACAACUGUGGUUCAUUUGCUAAUGUAUGUCCUUCAUCUUCUACUGGUUGCUCAGCAGAUGGAUGCAGUAAUGCACCUGCUGUGCAACUCUUAGGUGCGAUUGCCGUACCGGGAUGGAGUGGCCAACUUCCAAUCGAUGAUGUUUAUUACACAAUGACAUUGCCAAUGAGUCUAACAAUGUACGGCUACACUACAUCAACUUUAUCUAUUACAAGUAAUGGGGUCCUCUGUCCCGGCGCUUGUUCUGCUAGUUAUACAAAUGCAAAUCUCCCAACUAAUAGCUUUGGAGAACCAACAGCUUUGGGUUAUUGGGGCGAUCUUAUGAUUUAUGCGGGCACGUCCCAAAAUGUCUACUAUAGCGUUUCAGGAACAUCACCUAAUCAAUUAGCAACAUUCGAAUAUUAUACGAGUCAUUACGGGCAACCAACUCAAUAUUAUUCUUUCCAAAUUUUAUUGUAUGAAAAUGCACCUGGUAUUGUACGAUAUAUGUAUUUUCAAGCGUCUGGUGGAGAUUCAUCAGCUACUAUUCGUGUACAGAUCUCAUCCAAUGGAUCUUCGAUGACUUUUUCAGUCAGCCAAGCAAAUUCAGUGACCAGUUACAUGAUAUUAACUUUUGAUGCCAACGCGGAUAAUUUGAAUAUUGUUUGUCAAGUAAUGAAUGCUGCAAAAUCUGUUUCUUCAUCCAAUGUAAUUAAUGCACCCAGAUCAAUGACCAGCAUGGCAAAGAAAAUAGAUUCAUCUGUCAAAGUCGAGAAUGCUUCUCAAAGUGAUCGCCGGCUGAUCAGAAGAGAUGAUAAUCAUGAAAAUCUUGUUUUUAUCCGCUUGGAUGCUGAAGGGUCAUCGUCACCGAAUAUGCUUGCUUUCCUGCGAUCAAUAAACGAUUCGACUCGAUGUUAUUCGACUUCCAGCUCUUGUUUAGAUGCAAUACGAUCAACUAAGGAGAGUGUCUUCUUCAUCUGCUCAAUUUAUAACAUAGAAUUAUUGAUGACGGUUCAUAAGAUGGAAAAUGUUGAAGCAAUAUUUAUCGUAGAUUCCAAUCCUCGUGAUAUCAAAGGUGAUUUUCCAAAAUUAAUUGGUGUUUUCACUCAACAAGAACAACUAUUUCGAUCAUUGAAGGACACAGUCGAAAUUUUCGAACAAAUUCGACUGGAAAAUUUUUCAUUCGAAGAGGAGACUUCGUUUCUAUGGUAUCAGUUGUGGAGAGACGAGGCAAGUGAUUUUUUCACAUCAUUCAAACAUAGAUCUUGA